AUGUGGUGCAAGGUCGUGCCGGCCGGACCGGACCGCCCAUGCACGCGCAAGCACGCGCAAGCCCCUAAAGCAGCUUUAUUUUGGCUGCGUGCUGUGCUGGUCACGGGAGCUGUGGGCUUUUGCUGUCCUGCCGCCGUGCCGUGCGAGUCGUCGACUUCAGAUUAGAUGUGCUCCCUGGAUCAGCUUCAAAGUCCAGAGAGGACGCAUCAUUCAUUCGGCUCGGACCCUCCAGAUUUCCACGACACCUGCUGGAUGUCAGAGUUCCCAGCCCUUGGACUGUCCAGCUGAGAGCAAGCGCUCCCCGAACGCCGUCAAGACCCCUGAUCCUCAUCGUCAAGAGCCGCACGGCUAGCCUACAGUACGACCUGGAUGUCGCCGAGCUCUCUGAAUUCGGUGCAAACUUCACACCCUCACAAGGUGGACACCAGCAACCUCAUCGAGACUGUUCGACCAUGAAGAAGUUUCUUCGAGGAGGAGACAGUCGGCCAGCCGGUUCGAAUCUGCCGGAAAGUUUGCAGAACAACGCCGCCGGGCGAAACGAUGAUUGGCAAUCAGCCGACGCAGCCUACAGCACUUUGGCACCGCCCCAAAUGCCGGCCGCAGUAGCAGGCAACUUGACGUCCAGCUAUGAUGCGGCGAGCAUCAGUGGAUCUAUUCGAUCAAGCACGCCCAGUGGGCCCGCUUACGUCCCGUUCUCACCCCAGGCUUCGGCCGCGGCUGCGGCCGCAGCAGCAGCGGCCUACUUUGACUUCAACCCUCACGCAGCGCUUGGUGUGCCUGGUGUGAGCGGUACGCCAACCACUCCUGGAUUUGCCGCUCUUACUCCUUCCAUCUCUCCGUCGGGCUCCUACAAUGUCCCUGGAAGAUCCACUAGUCCGACGCCAACCACGGGAACGGUGUCCGCGUCACCUGGUGGGAAUGGACCUCAGUUGGAGAGAAGCGAUCUGCACAAGAGCCUCAAGUCUCUCGAAUCGCUACUCGUCACUUUCGAUGAGUACAGGGACCUGAGCGCUCGCAUGGCCAAGUGCGAGAAACGUCUGGCGAAAGGAGCCAAGGAGCUUGGUCAAGGGAAGCCGUAUGCGGAAGUGCCUGGUGCGUCGCGGGCUCUUCUCUAAAGAUGUUGUCGUGCUUGCUAUGCGUGCUGAUAUGAUCUUGCGCCGCAUCUCUCCUCGCACAGGCCAAACGCUGAUCACGUCAGCCGCUCUGCUCGAAAGCAUUUCUGAGGUCUCGACGAAGCAUUCGAAGCUGGUCCAGCGCGAGUAUGAAUCUCUCAAUGACCACUGUGCCAAAUUUUUUAAGCGGGUAGCCAAGGAAGAGCGAGCUCACGAUGAGACAUUAGAGACGCUCGACAGCAAAGUCAAGAAGGCACAUGCAGGCCACGAAAAGAAUGUCAAAAAAUCGGGCGGAAGGGCCAUCGAGAGCCACGACCGUUACAUUGCUCAGGUGAGCGCGCUGACGGCGGACAUCACACGCGCGAAAGCGUCCCAUGCAAGUAGUGUUGGAGCCAAGAGCCAAGCCACCAGUCUAGUGGUCGCCGCAGCGCUGGGAGGUUUAGCAGACUCCGAAUUCCGCAAAACAUGCGAAGCGGUGCGCAGAAGUGGGGCGCACGUGGGUCGUGUCAACUCUUGGCUGAAUUUAGCAGUCAGCGAAGCUAUGCCCGCCGGUGGAGAGCCUGCAGACCUUUCCGAAGAAGAAGUCGGCAAGGCAACGAUGCUAGCAAUAGCAGAACUGCAGGCACAAGCUAAUUUGGCAGCCAGAGAGGCCGCCUUGAGCAGCGCCAGGGAACAAGCGCAAGCUGCUUGGACCGCACAGCAGCUUGGCUGGGCCCCGCCGGCUGCCGCAAGAGCGAGCACUCCUGCCUCCAACGACCCCAAGCCAGAGGAAUUGGAACAGUCACCGCAGGUCAUGCGCAACUUACCCAGGUUAGACAGUAGCGGAAGAGUAGUGGACGCCAGCGCCACGUCGCCGUCAUCCGUCGAGGAGAAAAAAGGCGAGCUGGACGCUCAGACUGCGCGUGCUUCCGAAAGCAACAUUGGAAACGCCCCACCAUUGUACUCUCAUGGCGGAACCGGAUCAGCUGCAGCGGUUGCUAAGCCAGUAGGGCCUCGCGUGCUUGACCGCAAGCCGUCAGGGCCAUCCAACCAGACAGGUGGCGCGCUUGCCGAGGAUCUACCGGUCGAUGCAGCGAGCGAGAAGGCCCCAGCUGAGAAGGAGAGCAUCGGGAAAGCACGUGGUCUGCUUGGCUUCGCCAGGCGUAAACAUAGCAUGGGCCUAUCGACUGCCAGCAAUAACGCGACUUCUUCCGCGGUCGGGCCAAGCGCCACUACGCCCAUCGCUUCCAACCCCCUGGAACGGGCUGCGACCAACGCCGGCAUGCGCAGCAGUAGUGCUGCUGACGCAGUGGAUGCCGAGCAGAAGCUCGGCGAUGGACAUGCGCAGCGAGACUCGAGCGUUGCGGAGGGCACGAUCAUCGAUCGUGGUGAGCCUAGCUCUCCCGCUAGCCCUCCGCGCAUUCCCACAGAUGUCCGUGGCGCCGCCCUUGCGACGUCUGCCGAUCGGAACGUGACGCGCGAUACUGAUGCUUCCGAGGCUAACACUGCCACCCCUAGCGACAGUACCGGCAGUGGCAGUCGCACGACAGGCAACUCCUCCGACUCGUCCGCACCUGCCCCGGCAACACCCCGUGAUCUGGAGCCAGUCCGCCCACUGUCGAGCGUCAAAGAAGCACAAUCGGAGAGGUUGUCGGGUUUAGACCGUGAUGGUUACAGCACGGGUCUCACAGGCGGAGUUGGCUUAGGCUUUCCCCGGAAGGAAGCGCCCGAGAUGAAUGCUCGCACCGAAGCGCCGCCUCCUGGUCAGCUACACGAGCGCAGAUUGUCCUUGUGGGAGAGGGAAAGGGAACGAGAAAGGCUGAUGGAGCGUGAAGCGGAUCUUGCUAGAAGAUUGCAGGACGCCGAGACACAGCUGAGGGAUCGCAACCGUGCUGGAGGGCAAGGAGUUGGAGAUGCUCGCGAAAGUGUUGAUAGCCCCAACACGAGCUGGGCUAGACCUGAUCGCUCAUUUGCAGAUUCCAGUGCUGGCACGACCCCGACAAAGGCUGCGCCCUCGAGCUCGGUCAAUCGGGCAGGUGUGGGCUCCUUUUCGGGUCGCCCGACGUCAAGCAAGCCUGAACCUACCUUAGAAGAUCGCGAGCGGGAGCGAGAGCGCUAUGUUCCCUCGGUUGGCGGCAGCCGCCUGUCCGGCGCUAGCGUCUCUCGCACCCUGAGCACAGAGAGCGAGCGCAGCUUUGUUGCUCGCAUGAAAGCGCGAUACCAAGUUGAAAAGAUGGAACGAGAAGAAGAGCAGCAGAACAAAGGGUACAGGCGCAUUGUGAGUAUCUUGCCCGCGGUGGCACCUUCGACCUUUGAGACUCGAGACUGACCGUCUCCGGUCUUGCUCCAGACCUCCAACCCUCCAGCGGAUAUGCCGAAGAACACGCGGCGCGUCUCGGACAUUGCAUCGAGCUACGGUCAACGCGCAUACGAAGGCGGGAGCGCGCUGGAUCGCGAGCGAGAUGCGUACCUAGCUGCACCACAGGCAGGCUACUACGGAGAUCGUGAACGGGCGGGCGCGAGGAGCCCAGUCCCUCCUCGAGCCGCGUUCGCCUCGCCUCCGCCACAAUUACCAUCGCGCACCUCUGCGGAUGCGGAUGAUGAUCCGCCCCACUCUGAAGUCUGCGGCUGCCAGAGGUGCAGUGCAAGACACUACGGUUCUGGUGGAGGGAGCGCAAACGCACCGUACAGAUCCACUGUGACGGAUCCGUACGCGGCGUCCUCUUCUCGUGCUCGCGCUCAUGGCUAUGGCGAUGCUUUGAGCGGGCAGGCUCAAGCGCCACGACCACCUCCCCGACAUCCGACCGCCUUGGCUGCCGAAAGAGCUGCUGCCUCGCUGCAUCCACCAAAUGCAGGAGGUGCUCGAGACUCGGCGACGAGGAGGCAGAGCUUGCCUCCUCCACGGAGCCAAGACUCUGAGCAAGCGAGAGCGUAUUACGAUGAGGAGUUUGGAGCAAGGCAGAGUCCAUACCGAGAGAAUGAUCGGGAGAGAGAGGCGCGUCAGGGAAGACUUGGCCCUUAUCCCGAUCAUAGAGAGCGGGACAAGGCAUACCCUCGAAGAUCUUACGACGACUUGCCAGAAAGGCGCGUCGCUUUCGCCCAGCAGACACAGACUGUGAGUCUUGGCUGAUCGUCGACGAACAUGGUUUGCACAGCAGCCCGAACAGAUCGCUGAAUUCUGCGCUGCUUUGUGCUCACAGAUUCGAUAA